GGAGCCUGUCGCUCAUUCCUCUGUGAGCUUAUUGCUUUCUCUGAGUGGCUUUGGUAGAAUCGUACCUGUCUUUGCUGCUGGGACCUGAGGAGGAAGUAGAUAUUAUUUCAUGUCUCCCCACAAGGGAAGGAAUUUUGGCAGCACACCCUGCACUGUUAAAGACUCUCAGAAUAAAAUCCCAAGUGUUCUGGUUGGAAAACUGCAAACCUGGAAGUGAACCAGGCUUGGCUUACUUGGAAGAUACCUGUCCAGGAAGACUGCAGAGCUUGGCCUUCGCAAUGCUGGCAGCGGUACCUCCGGUGUUUGGCCUGUACUCUUCAUUUUAUCCUGUUAUCAUGUACUGUUUCUUCGGGACCUCCAGACACAUAUCUAUAGGCCCCUUUGCUGUUAUUAGUCUGAUGAUUGGCGGUGUGGCCGUUCGGUUAGUACCAGACGAUAUGGUCAUCCCGGGAGGAGUAAACGCCACCAAUGGUACGGAAGCCAGAGAUGCGUUAAGAGUGAAAGUCGCCAUGUCCGUGACCUUACUUUCGGGAAUCAUUCAGUUUUGCCUAGGUGUCUGCAGGUUUGGGUUUGUGGCCAUUUACCUCACGGAGCCUCUGGUGCGGGGGUUCACCACCGCGGCCGCGGUGCACGUGUUCACCUCCAUGCUGAAAUACCUGUUCGGGGUGAAAACGAAGCGGUACAGCGGGAUCUUUUCGGUGGUGUAUAGUACCGUUGCUGUGUUGCAGAACGUUAAAAACCUCAACGUGUGUUCCCUAGGCGUCGGCCUGAUGGUUUUUGGUUUGCUGUUGGGUGGCAAGGAGUUUAAUGAGAGAUUUAAAGAGAAAUUGCCAGCACCCAUUCCGCUAGAGUUUUUUGCUGUGGUGAUGGGAACUGGCAUUUCUGCGGGGUUUAACUUGCAAGAGUCCUACAGUGUGGAUGUCGUUGGGACACUUCCUCUAGGGCUACUCCCACCCGCCAACCCGGACACCAGUCUCUUCCACCUCGUGUACGUGGAUGCGAUCGCCAUAGCCAUCGUUGGAUUUUCCGUGACCAUCUCCAUGGCCAAGACCUUGGCAAAUAAACACGGGUACCAGGUUGAUGGCAAUCAGGAGCUCAUCGCCCUGGGGAUCUGCAACUCCAUCGGAUCGCUCUUCCAGACCUUUUCGAUCUCGUGCUCCUUGUCGCGAAGCCUUGUUCAGGAGGGAACAGGAGGGAAGACGCAGCUUGCAGGUUGUUUGGCCUCGUUGAUGAUUCUUCUGGUCAUAUUAGCCACCGGAUUCCUCUUUGAGUCACUGCCCCAGGCUGUGCUUUCGGCCAUCGUGAUCGUCAACCUGAAGGGGAUGUUUAUGCAGUUCUCAGAUCUGCCCUUCUUCUGGAGAACCAGCAAAAUCGAGCUGACCAUCUGGCUUACCACCUUUGUGUCUUCCCUGUUCCUGGGGUUGGACUAUGGACUGAUUACGGCUGUGAUCAUUGCUUUGCUGACUGUGAUCUACAGAACACAGAGCCCGAGCUACAAAGUCCUGGGGCAGCUCCCCGACACCGAUGUAUACAUUGACAUAGAUGCGUUUGAGGAGGUGAAAGAAAUUCCGGGAAUAAAAAUAUUCCAAAUAAAUGCCCCAAUUUACUAUGCAAACAGUGACUUGUAUAGCAACGCACUAAAAAGAAAGACUGGCGUGAACCCAGCGCUCAUAAUGGGAGCAAGAAGAAAGGCCAUGAGGAAGUACGCGAAGGAAGUCGGGAAUGCCAACGUGGCCAAUGCGACCGUUGUCAAAGUGGAUGCAGAGGUGGAUGGAGAAGAUGCCACGAAACCUGAAGAAGAGGAUGAUGCGGUAAAAUACCCCCCAAUAGUCAUCAAAACAACAUUUCCUGAAGAGAUGCAGCGAUUUAUGCCCCAGGGGGAAACCGUUCACACUGUCAUCCUUGACUUUACCCAAGUCAAUUUUAUCGAUUCCGUCGGAGUGAAAACUCUGGCCGGGAUUGUGAAGGAAUAUGGAGAUGUCGGUAUUUAUGUGUACUUAGCCGGAUGCAGCCCACAAGUGGUGAAUGACCUCACUCGCAACCGGUUUUUUGAAAAUCCCGCCUUAAAAGAGCUUCUGUUCCACAGUAUCCAUGACGCAGUCUUAGGCAGCCAAGUCCGAGAGGCAAUGGCCGAGAGAGAAACCUCAGCUCCCACUCCCCAGGACGACAUGGAGCCCAAUGCCACACCCACCACACCCGAGGCGUAAAGGACCUGCAUGGGGUUUGCGCCUCUCCUGAACUCUGGACCUACACACUUUCUCCUCUCCACCCUAGUUAAGGCUUGAUUUGGAGGGUGAAUGAUAAGAUGUAUCUAAUACUUGUGUUGUUUUAAUCGAAUGUUUCAAAGAUUAACUGGCCUUUUACACUUACGCAGUGACACUUCUAUUAUACCUUAGUGUUAUGUUUGUUCUGUUUUUUUAUUUUUAUUCUCACUUUUGAUUUAUUAUCUAUUAACCUUUAGAAAGGUUACAGAUCACGUGAAAUGACAAAAUUAGCAUAUGUCUUAAAAUCUGUAUAUAAAAUAUAAAUUACUUCUAAUUUCAAACUCA